CCUCUCUUUCUCUUGGGCAUCAAUAUCUUUUUCGAUCUGGUAUUCGUACACUAAUGGCGGAUUUUACCAACAUGCUGAUGAAUCCAUGGGUUCUUCAUCUCCAGAAGCUCGAGCUCGAGCUCAAGUGCCCUCUAUGCUUGAAAUUGCUUAAUCGACCGGUGUUGCUUCCCUGUGACCACGUUUUCUGCGAUUCAUGUGUACAAAAAUCUUCGAAAGUUGAAUCAAGCUGUGCUGUGUGCAAAUCUAAAUAUCCCAAAAAGGAUCGGAGAAAUCUCCAUUUCAUGGAAAGUGUUAUAAGCAUAUACAGAAGCUUGAAUACAGCUGUUAGUGUUCAUCUCCCACAAUUACUGAUUCAGAAUGAUUGCAACUACAAGAGCGAUGCACCGAACAAUUCCAACAGCCCAAAAGACGAUGGAUCUGAAGAUUCUGAGAUGACUGACAAGGAGGCAAGCAAGCUCAAUCGUGGUAGUGACUCCUCUAGUCAUGAUGGUUCUCCUCUUGCAACCUCAGAAGAUAGACCUAAGCAUCAGCAUUGGACUGCAGAGAAGUUGCGUGAUCAUCUCCCAUUAUAUGAGUUAGAAUCAGAGAAUGACGCUGGCAAUCACACACCGGAAAGUCAUAAAGGACAAGCUGCAAAAAGUCCGAGUGACAUUAUCUCUUCUGUGCAGCCUAGCAAUGCUGCAAGGAAGCGGAUUUGUAGUGAUUCUUUUGUCCAUGAAAGCAAUCCGAAUUCAAAGACUCAGGAUAGGACUUUGCUGCGGUUGAUGGAGAGCCUCCGGUCAGAUGAUCCCACUGAUUAUGUAAAAGUACAGAAACAUCAGCAAUUAUCCGAACGUCAUGCAGAACAAGACACAAAAAGGAAACGUGACAUUACUGCUUCUGAAGCAUUGGAAAAUCAUCUGAAAGUCCCCAAGAGAGAGAAAAACCUGAUGCAGAAAGCUGCUGAUAUUGACUGCAAUGAUAACUGCUCUGCAAACUCUGAUGAUCAGCAAACUGGGAAAACCUCAAAGGCAUCAUAUUUUACAUCACCUGUAAUUUCAGAUCAACCAUCAUCCAACAUAACCAUAUGUGGCUUCUGCCAAUCUGCUAGGGUAUCUGAGGCCACUGGAGAAAUGCUGCAUUACUCCAAGGGAAAACCAGUGGUUGGAGAUGACAUCUUCCGCUCCAAUGUUAUCCAUGUCCACAGUGCAUGUAUCGAAUGGGCACCGCAAGUUUAUUAUGAAGGUGACACAGUGAAGAACCUGAAAGCAGAACUGGCAAGGGGAAUGAAAAUCAAGUGCACUAAAUGUAGUCUGAAAGGGGCUGCCUUAGGCUGCUAUGUCAAGUCGUGCCGGCGAAGCUACCAUGUUCCAUGUGCAAGGGAGAUUUCCAGAUGCCGUUGGGAUUAUGAAGACUUUCUUCUACUUUGUCCGGCUCAUUCUUCUGUCAAAUUCCCUAACGAGAAGUCUGGACAUCGUGUAUCCAGAGCUGAAACCUCGCCAAAAACGUAUCCUAAUGAGCUAUGUUCUUUGGAAAAAACACCAGCUAUCACAAAAGACCUUGUUCUCUGUGGAUCAGCACUCUCUAAGAGUGAUAAGAUCCUCAUGGAAAGUUUAGCUGUUAAAUUCAAUGCAACUAUAUCAAGGUACUGGAACCCAACUGUUACACAUGUAAUUGCUUCUACAGACGAAAAAGGAGCUUGCAUAAGAACUUUGAAGGUUCUUAUGGGUAUUCUUAAUGGAAAAUGGAUUAUCAAUGCAGAUUGGAUGAAAACAAGCCUUGAAGCUUCUCUGCCUGUUGAUGAAGAACCAUUUGAGAUUCAUAUUGAUACUCAAGGAUGUCAAGAUGGACCGAAAGCUGCAAGACUUGGAGUAGCAAGUAAUAAACCAAAACUCUUUGAUGGCUUGAAGUUCUAUUUCUUUGGCGAAUUCAACAAAGGAUACAAAGAAGACCUUCAGAAUCUAGUCAAUGUCGCUGGUGGUAGAGUCUUGAACACAGAGGAUGAGCUUGGUGCAGAAAGCAGCAACAAUGCCAAUGACCCAAAAUUACCGAUUGUGGUUUACAACAUUGAUCCUCCACUUGGAUGUGCCUUAGGUGAAGAAGUCACCAUUAUUUGGCAACGAGCUAAUGACGCAGAGGCUUUAGCUAGCCAAACUGGGUCUCGGAUCGUUGGUCACACGUGGCUUUUGGAGUCCAUUGCUGGUUACAAGUUACACCCUGUGAUAAGCUAACUUAAGAGCAAUAGACAAAAGACAUGUUUCAGUUUCACCAUAUAUAUACGAUUGUUUUCAUCUUGUAUUCUAAAUUAUUGUAAGAUAACAAAACAGAUUCGAAUUGGUAAGCAAAUAAAUUGAAUUGUUGGCUUGACCA